CAUAGGCUUGGCUGAGUCAAAGCUUUUAGGCGAGUUUGUGUAGAUCUCCAGCAUCAUGCUUAGACUUUUCAAAGAGACAAACUCCAUUUUCUUAUGAAUGGAAAGUGAAAAACCCUGUUCCGCUUAAAUUGGGUUCUUUCCUGUCCUGAGAAACACAACAGACCCCAAAAAGGCAAGCUGAAGAGAGAACACACACACAGACCAAGCGACAAGAAAUGACCAUGACUACCAUGCCAGAGAGUCUAAAUAGCCCCGUCUCAGGGAAGGCUGUCUUUAUGGAGUUUGGGCCGCCCAGCCAGCAAAUGUCUCCUUCUCCCAUGUCCCACGGACACUAUUCCAUGCACUGUUUACACUCCGCGGGCCACUCUCAGCCUGACAGCUCGUACAGCACAGCUUCGUCCUUCUCCCGACCGCUGGGCUACCCCUAUGUCAACUCGGUCAGCAGCCACUCGACCAACCCCUACAUCAGUUCAGUGCAGUCCUACCCCAACAGCUCCAGCCUGACUCAGACCCGGUUAGAGGAGACAGGGGCCGAAUCGGAGAAAAGCACUGUGGUAGAAGGAGGGGAAGUUCGCUUUAAUGGGAAAGGGAAAAAAAUCCGCAAACCCAGGACUAUUUAUUCCAGUUUGCAGCUGCAGGCUCUGAACAGGAGGUUCCAGCAAACUCAGUACCUGGCUCUCCCCGAAAGAGCCGAGCUCGCGGCCUCUCUGGGACUCACCCAGACCCAGGUGAAGAUCUGGUUCCAGAACAAGCGCUCCAAAUUCAAGAAGCUGAUGAAGCAGGGAGGGGCCGCCCUGGAGAGCAGCGCCCUGACCAACGGCAGGGCUCUCUCGGGCAGCUCGCCCCCGGUGCCCCCGGUGUGGAACACCACCUCCGCCUCCGGUAAGGCCUCGUCGGGGACCCCGGGCACCUACAUCCCCAGCUACACGUCGUGGUACCCUUCGGCCCACCAAGAAGCUAUGCAGCAGCCUCAGCUGAUGUGA